UUACAGUCGAACAGUGAAUUGGCCUGACGCAGUUCCGGAUUCUACUACAUAUCCCAGAAUUCCCUUUCCAAAACAACAUCACACUAUUUCCUGUAUGACUGAAACGAAAGUCAUUAUAUGGUGCGGAAUUUUUAACGACACCGGUAGAUCCUCACCGAUUUAUCGGUUGACUGUAAUACAAGGCGUACUUUUAUAGGAUUGCACAGCAAGUGCUUCCUGAUAAGACUGGCUGGACUACAUUUUCAUGCUGCGUUACUAUAAUUAAGCCUAGAACUAGGCAUGACUACAGAGUCUGGCUUUCCAGAAGAGUGAGUGUGAAUGGAGUGACACGAGUGGACGGGACUGACGAGUCAUGGACAGCCAAUGCAGCAGCAGUGUGGGCAACAUUAACUCAACACACAUUUCUGCCCGUAUCGAGUCCUAUGAAGGAGAGAAGAAGUGCAUCUCUGAUGUCCGAAGAACAUUUUGCUUGUUUGUGACCUUUGACCUUUUGUUUGUCACCUUGCUGUGGAUCAUUGAGCUCAAUGUCAACGGAGGAAUACAAGAGCAGCUGAGAAAAGAGGUGUUGGAAUAUAAUUACCACAAAUCUUUUUUUGACAUAUUUCUCUUGGCUGUGUUCCGCUUUGCAGCCUUGAUUCUGGCCUAUGCAGUGUGUAAGCUGCGCCAUUGGUGGGCCAUUGCGAUAACUACAGCAAUUACAACUGGUUUUUUAAUAGUGAAAGUAGUUGUAUCAAAGCUUCUGUCACAGGGAGCUUUUGGGUAUUUGUUGCCCAUUGUCUCCUUCAUUCUGGCAUGGAUAGAGACGUGGCUGCUGGACUUCAAAGUCCUGCCCCAGGAGGCUGGUGAUGAAAUCAGGCAUCUUUCAGUGCAAAAUGCACUAGAUCGAGAACCUCUUUUAUACCCAGGACCCGUUUCAGAAGGCCAGUUCUACUCUCCUCCUGAGUCCAUGGCAGACUCCGAUGAAGACCUUGAUGAUAAACAUGAUCUUGAGAAGCCCAUCGUCUAGCAGGAGCUCAGAUUAAACACUGACUUUCAGAGUACAACUCUUCCAGCGCUGCUCGACCUCGCGCCGUGUGUCUUAAUAUGGGUUUUUGUACAUGGGUGACCAGAACUAGACAGUCGCUCUGCCUUAGAUCUACUAUCACCAUGAUCAGCAGUUUGUUUAUCUGUCUCUAUCUGCCCACACAAGCUCUUAGUGCAAUCGAUUUUUUGUGUGUCUUAAUUUUUUUUCCACUGAACAAAAA